AUGCAGGCCCGAACUGUUCUUAUAAUCGUAAUUGUUAUUUGUUUGUUUUGUGCCUGUGAAGCUAAGAAAAAGAAGCACAGUAAAAAGAAACUUUUGAGACAAAAGGAAACAAAUCCCGUUGACUUUAUAAGACUGACUGUAAUGAGGGUUAUAUAUGGCAUUGCAACGAGGGUAGGUUUUGGAGAACAGAUUUCCGAAGCUUUAAAUGGGGCUUUUGUUCCACCUGGUGCGGAUUACGAUUCUGAUGAGUAUGACGACGAUUUUGAUUAUUAG